AUGAGUCUCGAGAUAUCUCCAAGGUCCGUACGAUUCUCUCACGGGCACGAGGAGGAUAGUACAGAGACUCUCAAAGCGCCAAGGGCGAUGGAACGUCCGCAUGCUCAGACGAGCGACUCUGGCGGUUCCGCUUCAUCUGCAGAUUCGCAGGAGUCUGCUCUGCUAGGGAUAGACGCAAGGACUGCUAAUGGCAGCAUACACGCCUCCCAGCUCUCUCAAAUGGAGACACGACCGCCCAUUACAAGCAUGAAUUCGAGCAUGCGCUCCCACCGCGGCAGCAGCGAUGCCAAUGGGACGUAUCCCAACACCAUGCCUAUGAACAGCGCAACUUCAAGACCACAAAGGCCCACUGCUCCAGCACGAACGCCGUCAAGCACCUAUGCGCCUGCUCGUCGGCCGCUUCAGUCCCCUUAUAUUUCGACGGUACAGGAUCGUAAUCGGACGGGGUCUUCGACACGGUUUAGUAGAACCGACCCUAGCACCGCGUAUCGUGCGCAGGAGAAGGGAUACAUACAGCGACUGCGACAGGACCAACCCUCCGAGUACUUCGAACCCUAUACGCCGAGCCUGGGUUAUGGAACUGGAUCAGAUACCGAAGAGGAGUCACCUUCAGACCAACUAUUUGGGGAUAACGACGUCUACGACCAGGAGACCUUGCUCUUCUAUGGGAAUGAUGAUGUGCAGCCAACCGAAGAGGAUCUACAGGAUCCACUAAAACGAGAAAGACUGGAAUGGCACGGCAUGUUAGCAUCAGUCCUUACCGGAGAUGUUGUUAGGCAAGAAAAGAAACGUUUGAUAGGAGCUUCGGAAAAACAGGGAGAAAACUUGAAUGUUGAGAUAUGGAUGGGAAUACGUUCCAAGGUCUGUGGCCGCACCCUAGCAGCACAAAGAAGAAUUGUAGAGGAUGCCCGUCAUGGUCUGGACAACCUAAUCGACGAGAUCAUUAAAUUCGAAGUUCAGGGGCAGAGCGAGGCUGGCAAGUCCCCUGUGGAACAAGUUCGGGAUGUUGUAAAGAAAAUCGAGAGGUGUGAAGGGCUAUAUCCUACUCGAUCUGCUUUAGAGGAAGACAAGAAGAUUGCUGCUUCUCCCCAGUUCCAAACAACAUACAAUGCCGUCCUCUCGUGGCACAAUACUACUGAGCUUAUUAAUACCGAGCUUGGAAUUCUGCAGAGCUGGGUGGGAAAUCCAGAACUGGAUUUCAAUAAGGCGAAAGAUCAAUCUCCUUCUGGAAAUGGACUGACAGACGAAUCCUCGUUCAUUGACCGACUUCUGAAGGAAGAUGGCCUCAAGUCGUUGCAGGGAGAAAAGAGCAUCUUGCUCGGCGUCACAAAAGUCAUUGAGAAAGCAAAAAGCACCUUGAUACAAAACUCCGAAAUCUUUGCCCGGCGGCAUCUGCCACCUUAUAUCGAAGAACUUUUAACCCUCAUCAACUUCCCAUCUCGUUUGAUCGAAGAGAUUAUUAAAGUACGGUUGCAAUUUGCUAGAAAGAUGAAGGAUUCAGCCCAGCAGAAUGCUAUGAUGCAAGAACAGAUGAUAUCUCAAUUCCAGAUCCUCCUCAAAUUGGCAGUCCAAAUCAAGCAGGAGUAUGUCAAGAUUUCACAACCCGAACCUGGCUGGGACCUUCCGCCAUGUAUCGACGAAUCGUUCGACCAGGUUGUGCUAGAUGCGUUGAAGUUCUAUUUCAAAAUGCUCAAUUGGAAACUUGGUAGUAACAGAAAUACUUUCAAGGAAGCCGAGGUUUUAGAGCAAGAAUGGGAGUUUUCUAAUGAGAUCGGCCGGCAUUUGCAAGGCGGUGAUGUGGAGGUUGCGGAGCAGUUCAGUUCCCUCACUUUCAAGGCCUUCAAUCGGUUAAGCCAAACCUUUGAGCGUGAUCUACAGCGAAAGCCUAAAGAGAGCGCUGCUGAGAUGACCAAACGUUACAAGCAAAGUCUUGACUCCGUCCGCGUUCGUCAGCGCAUGUUGCAGCGUUUUUCUCGAGUCUUGAAUGAUCGCUUUGAGAAUUCAAGCGACUUCAGCAUGGCUCUGGGACGUGAUGACCUGCAACAUCUAUAUGGAAGGCUUAUUGAGUCGGGCCAUUUCCUGGUCUACACCGCGAGCAUCGAGCACGACGGCAUAUUCUUGAUAGCCUCGCCCUCAUUAUACAACCGGCCGCAAGAUAUUCAAUCAAUUCUAGGAACUUGUUUUCAUUCGGCAGAUGUGCCUGAAGAUCCAACAAACCCAUAUAUACUUGUUCUUAGACCUGAGGUCCAAAUGCCCUGGGAUGGUAGACAAGUCGAUGCAGAUAUUCCUGAGCCAUCAACCGACGUCAAGCUUGGCCAUCUCCGUCUGAUUGCUGAUGGCUCUCAAGCUAGACUGUCGAAUGCACGGUCCUCGUUCCUCGAAUCCAUUGAGAUGCAUCUAGACAUGGUCGUUGAGCAGCGGUCAAACCUCAAAAAGGUCAAUAUGAGGUUGACUGAAAUCAAAAGAGUAGUGUAUAAACUAUCUGGUCUCAUCAUGGAUAGUGUUGAGAUUGUGCGCAAGCAGACUGUAGGUUUAGACUGCCAGGAGCUAAUACAAACAUGCUUCGUUUUUGCGACGGAAUUUGGUCAACGCUCGUUGUUAUACAUGGACCGAAACCGGAAACAAAUGAACAAUCUAAAACUCACGAAAUUAGCUUUGGAUUGGGUCAGCUUCAUUUGCGAUGAUUGCAUCGCUAAUGACAGAAAGACCUUCAGAUGGGCUGUUCAAGCCUUGGAAUUCGCCAUGGUCAUGACCACUGGCCAGCACAUCCUAGCACUAGGUGAGGAUGAGUAUGCUCGUCUUCGAGCCAAGGUAGCGGGUUGUAUGUCUCUACUGAUCUCUCACUUCGACAUCAUGGGAGCGAGAUCCACACUCGCAGCUCAGGCCGAGAAGCAAAAGAUAGAAGCUAUCAGUAACCAGUUCAGAAAGAUGGAUAUGAAUCGUAUGAUGAAUGACGAGGAAUCGGCGAAGUAUGUUCUUGAGUCCAGGCUUCAAGAACUUGCAAGACUUGAUGAUACGCGAAAGCAGAAAGAAGCUGAAAGGCAGGCACUUGGGCGCGUGAUGGAGGGAACCAACGAAGCGGACCGUUCGCUGACUUACCUUUCUUCUUCGGCUUCCAAUGUCAACAUGAGGUGGCAACAAGGACAGUUCGUAGGAGGUGGCACAUUUGGUUCUGUGUAUGCUGCUAUCAAUCUCGAUUCUGGUCAACUUUUAGCCGUAAAAGAGAUCCGUCUGCAGGAUCCAACACUCAUUCCGACUAUUGCUGGUCAAAUCAGGGACGAAAUGAAUGUCCUCGAGGUCCUGGACCAUCCCAACGUGGUUUCUUAUCAUGGAAUCGAAGUGCAUCGCGACAAAGUUUAUAUCUUUAUGGAGUUCUGUUCUGGUGGUUCUUUAGCAGGUCUCUUAGAGCACGGCCGUAUUGAAGACGAACAGGUCAUCAUGGUCUAUGCCUUACAACUGCUAGAAGGUCUCGGAUACCUACAUGAAAGCGGCAUCGUGCAUCGCGAUAUCAAACCCGAGAACAUUCUUCUCAACGAAAACGGCGUAAUCAAAUAUGUCGAUUUUGGCGCUGCAAAGGUCAUUGCCCGUCAAGGGAAGACGCUCAUCGCUGCAGCAACAGGCAAAACCGAAAAGGCCAAGUCGAUGACUGGAACACCAAUGUACAUGUCCCCUGAAGUCAUCAAAGGCGAAAACCCGGGUCGUGCUGGCGCUGUCGAUGUUUGGUCUCUUGGAUGUGUAAUUCUCGAAAUGGCAACUGGCCGUCGGCCAUGGGCAUCUCUCGACAACGAAUGGGCUAUCAUGUACAACAUUGCUCAGGGCAACCCUCCACAACUUCCUACCAACGAACUCAGUCCUCAAGGCAUCGACUUUCUCAGAAGAUGUUUCAUCCGCGAUCCUAAACAACGUGCUUCGGCCGCUGAACUUCUACAACAUGAAUGGAUCAUGGCCAUUAAGUCUCAGGUAUCCAUCGACCCCGGAACACCGAGUGACAGUGGAUCUUCCACAUCGACUCACUCAUUGUCCCGUAGCAGUCUGGUCUGA